AUGUUUUCCUUUGUCCAAAGAGCGGAGCGGAAAAACGUAAUUUUUAUAUUCAUUCCACUUGUGUUACGACAUGAACGCGUAUUUGUAGUAACGAAUUUUCUGGUAUAUUGAAUAACAUUAAUUUGUCUCUCGAUUUAAAAUGGUGUCGGCAACUGUUAUCUAUGCGGCUGUUCCGAUCUCAGCCGUGGUUGUGCUAGGUUUAGUACGUAAAUGGAGAUCCAGGAAUUGGGCAAAGUGUACAAGCAAUACAUGCCUGAGAGGUAAAACCUUCUUGAUUACGGGAGCGAACAGCGGUAUCGGGCUGGAGACGGCCAAAGCCCUUGUGAAGAGAAAGGCACGUGUAAUCUUCGCCUGUCGUGAUAUCGAGAAGGCGAAGCAGGCUGUAGCCCAAAUCAGACAUGAACAAGUUACUGGCGGCGAAUUGAUCCCAAUGCAACUAGAUUUGGCCUCUUUUGAAUCAAUCGAGAAGUUUGUUGAAGUAGUCAAAGCUGGGUUCAACAAAAUAGAUGUUCUUAUCAACAAUGCUGGAGUGGUGAUACCUUUGGAAUUGGAUAUGAAAACCAAGGAAGGAUUCGAGAUACAUCUUGGUGUGAACCAUUUAGGACAUAUGUAUUUGACUAAUUUAUUACUUGACCUGUUAAAAAAAGCCACACCUAGCAGAAUAGUGAUAGUCUCCUCGACACUUCACACAAAAGGCAAACUGGAUUUCGAUGAUCUGAACUUACGGGCACAAAUAAAAAAGGCUAAGAGCGGUGAGGUCUCUCGUCAUAACCCCGGUUACUGCAACUCUAAACUGAUGAACAUGUAUCAUGCUCGCGCUUUGGCUGACAAACUGAGAGACUCUGGAAUUGACGUUAAUGCCUGCUGCCCUGGAUUCUGCUACACUAAUCUGUUCAGGUACUUCAUAAAAUGGUACCACUACAUACUUAUGGCACCUGUAGCCUUCCUGUUUAUGAAGUCUGCGAAACAAGGUGCGGAAACUGUUGUGUUCACGGCAACCGAUUACGGCAUCGAAGGACACUCUGGCAAGUUCUACAGCAACUGUGCUGAGUACAUAUCUCCGUACCCCUUCGAUAAGAAUGAGGAGACGAAGUUGUAUGAACGCAGUGAAGAAAUGAUUAAAUCUAGAAAACCCCUAUAAAUGUAAUGCAAUGGGAAUAAGUGGCGUAAUUUGUAACUUUUUUGACAGGCUGCAAAUCGGUCGUCAUACAAAUACUAAUAUCCUUACUAAUAUUAUAAAUGCGAAAGUGUGUUUGUUUGUCCUCCCUUUACGCGCUAAGUCAACGUCAAAUAUUUCUUUAUUCAAAUAGGCACAUAGAUGGCACUUUGACGCGUUGAUUAUAUACAAAAUG